AUGCCAUCUGCCACGGCGUCUGGCUCUGACGCCAACGGUAGUGGCGCGAGGUCGCGCGAACACAAUCAAGGCAACCAGGAUCGCAAAUACACCCCCGAGCAGAAGGCGGCGGUCCUACGGAUUCGAAAAUGUUCGGCAACCGAGUUCUACGAGAUCCUUGCGAUUGAGAAAACUGCAACGGACAGCGAAAUCAAGAAGGCCUAUCGGAAGCAGAGUCUGUUGACACACCCGGACAAAAAUGGGUAUGAUGGCGCGGACGAAGCUUUCAAAAUGGUGUCGCGAGCCUUCCAAAUCCUCUCCGACUCUGAUAAGAAGUCUCGCUAUGACAAGUUUGGAGGGGACCCUGAUAGCAGAUUCAACCCCGGACCAAGCGCCUCUAGCGGUGCCUCUCCAUUUAGUGGGUUUGGUGGUGGAUUCCCGCGAUCCGCAGGGGGUGGUGGCCCAGGAUUUGACGAAGAGAUCUCACCGGAAGAGCUGUUCAAUCGGUUCUUUAAUGGCGGAUUUGGAGGCAUGGGCGGUGGUUUCAGCCCAUUCGGGGGUCCACAAUUUGUAUUCAAUAUGGGAGGUGGCCCUGGCGUUCGCGUGCACCAGUUUGGAGGGGGCAUACCACGGCGCAGACCUCGCACGACCACCACCAACAACAACGAGUCAGAGCCGGCCGUUGACGGCUGGGGUUUCGUUCGCCAACUGCUACCUCUCAUUCUUCUUUUCGUCCUUCCUCUCCUCUCCUCCCUCCUAACCGGGUCUUCGACCCCAGCCGGCCCGACCUAUCGAUUCGAUACCCCUCAACCUCCUCAGACCAUGGGCCGCACCACACCGAGGCUCAAUCUCAAUUACUUCGUAAAUCCACUAGAAGUGGAAGAUUUCAGCGCACGCAAAUUCCGACAACUCGACCAGCGCGUGGAAACGGAAUACGUCUCUUUGCUUCGGCACCACUGCGAGUCCGAAGUGCAUUUGCGAGAGCGGAAGAUUCAAGAAGCACAGGGCUGGUUUUUCCCGGACAUCGAGAAAAUGAAGGAGGCGCGAGCGAUGGAGCUCAAGAACUGCAGGCUGUUAGAGAAACUCAAAGGCAAAUACUGA